AUGAGGGGACAGAUUGAGGCUUAUGUUCGUAAAUGCUUGUAUUGUCAACGAUAUAAGCCUUCUAAUCAGAAGUCAGCAGGUCUCUUACAAACCAAAAUAAGCAAUCAACGGUUUGAAGUAGUUGCAUUUGACCUUUUUGGGCCAUUACCCCGUACACCAAACAAUCAUAGUUGGAUUUUCAUUGUAGAAGAUGUGACUACACGUUGGCUAGAAUUGUUUGCUUUAGAGCAAGCAACGGCGGAAGAAUGUGCAAGAAUACUGCUUAAUGAGAUAAUACUGAGAUAUGGUACACCACGUCGAUUCAUUAGCGAUAACGGUUCACAGUUUGUCAGCAAUGUGGUACAGCAGCUAACAUUUUGCCUGAACAUACAAAAUGGAUUGACAACCGUAUAUCAUCCUGAAACUAACCCAGUAGAAAGACGAAAUCGUGAUCUUAAAACACAGCUUGUGAUUUUAGUCAAAGGUGACCACACUCUAUGGUCCGAUAAGUUACCUAGCAUACGUUUUGCUAUGAAUACUGCUCGUUCAAGUACUACAGGGUUUACUCUAGCUUACUUGACAUUCGGGCGUGAGCUACGAACUCCAGAUGACGUGAUACACGACAUACGUAAAGUAAUUAAGAACGAAACCUUUAUUCCAGACAUAACACCGAGACUGUUAAUGAUGUCUGAAACAAUCAAAAGAGCAAAAGAAAUUCAGGAAAUGAAAGAGGAACAGAGAAAAGAGUAUGUGGAUCAAAAAAGGCGACAAAGUCCAAACUAUCAGUCUGGAAGUCUAGUACUGGUGGACUCGCAUACCCUAAGCAAGGCUAGUCAUGGAUUUAGCUCAAAGCUUGCUCCCCGGCGUGACGGACCUUAUGUCAUCACGCGUAGGCAUGGGCCAAGUUCAUCUGAAGUUGCGCAUUGUGAUACCAAAGUACCAGCUGGGAUUUAUCAUACAUCUGCGCUACGACAGUAUCAUACCGGAAGCAAUGCUGAAAUACCACAACCUGUAAACGUACUCCGGAAAAGAGGUCGACCGAAGAAGAAAUCCAAUUAA